UGUAAUAGGAUCUGAGGCGGUAUAUAACCUCCCCAUACAGACAGAGUGAACAGCACACAACUGACCACUGCUCAGCAUCUGGACCACAAACAGACUCUGAACAGCUGAAAACACUUCAUUAGGAACCAGAUGAAGGAGAGCAGCUCAUACAGCUGUGUGAUAGACGAGGACGACAUGACGUCGGCCUCCGAAAGUGUGUUUGAGUGUUCCAUCAAAGGAAACAUUUCAGCACUGGAGUGUCUGAGCCUGAAGGAGCCUGAGCUGCUGAAGUCCAGAGAUGAGGUCGGAGCCGGCCUGCUCCAUUACGCCACUGCCAACGCUAACCUAGAGGUCAUCCGGCUCAUAGUGACCACAGUGGGCCCCGAGGAGUUAAAUGCUCAGGAUGACCAGGGCCGGACCCCUCUGCACUGGGCUGUGGAGAAGAAUCAGGAGGAGAGCUGCUCGUUGCUGCUGGAGUUAGGGGCUGAUCCCAACAUCCUUAGCGUGGCCCUCAUGUCCCCACUGCACCUGGCCAUCAGCCGUGAGCGCAACAACCUCGUACAGCUGCUGGUGUCGAGUGGCCGGGCAGAUGUGAAUUUGGAGGGAGAUUUGGGGAACACUCCAGUGAUGAUGGCGUGCUCCCAUAAUAACUGCCAGGCUCUGCAUAUACUUUUUAAACACGGCGCAAGGCUGUGCCAUCAGAACAAGCUGGGCCACUUUGCCAUCCAUGCCGUGGCAUUCGCUGGUGCCAAAGAUGCCAUGGAGGUGAUUUUGCUGAAAGGUGAAGAGCUGGGUAUCUCCACCUCUGUACAUGUAAAUUAUCUGGAUAAGUCUAAAAGCAGUCCUCUACACUUGGCUGUGCGAGGAGGAAACACUGAAGUGAUUAAGCUCUGCAUCUCUAAAGGAGCAAAGGUGGACCAGCAACAGUGUGACAAAUCCACAGCUCUGCACUUUGCCUGCACCCAGGGAGCCAUUGAAGCUGUCAAAAUCAUGCUCCUGCCCUACAAACAAAUGGAAGAAAUAAUCAACAUCAGAGAUGGAGCCAAUCAGACCCCCCUGCACAGAGCCACGUUAUUUGAUCACAUUGAACUGGCUGAAUAUCUUGUUUCAAAGGGAGCAGAUAUUGAUUGCAUUGACUGUAAGGGUCUGUCCCCGUUGCUGCUGGCGACCUCGUGCAGCGCCUGGAAAACAGUUUCAUUUUUACUGGCAAAGGGUGCAGAUUUUAGAUUAAAAGACAAACAUGGACGAAACUUCCUCCAUCUGGUUGUCUUCCAACCAAAAGGGCUGAAAAAUCUUCCUGAACACAUCUUACAGAGUAAAGCGGUGAUGGAGCUGUUGUGUGAUGAAGACUUUGAUGGCUGCACUCCACUGCAUUACGCUUGCAAACUGGGCAUCCAUGACUCGGUCAAAAACAUGCUGGGCUUAAAAAUCUGCCUUGCCCGCAAGUCCAAGGAGAAGAAAUCUGCUCUUCACUUCGCUGCAGAAUACGGGCGUCUGAACACAUGUAUCAGGCUGCUGGAGACCAUCAGUGACUCAAGGCUGCUAAAUGAGGGCGAUGAGAACGGACUGACCCCUCUCCAUCUGGCCUCCAGGGGGGGACACACUAAAGUAGUGGAACUGCUGCUCAGGAAGGGGGCGCUGUUUCAGAGUGAUUAUAAAGGUUGGUCGUGUUUACAUUAUGCCGCGGCUGAAGGAUACACUCAAACGAUGGUAAUCCUCCUGGCAGCCAAUGUCAAACUGCUGGACAACACAGACGAGGACGGGAACACGGCAUUGCACAUCGCAGCACGAGAAGGUCACGUUGCAGCGGUGAAGCUGUUGCUGAACAGAGGAGCUCAGUUCCUUCUCAACAAAAACGAUGCUUCCUUCCUCCACGAGGCCGUGAGAAAUGGCAAGAAAGACGUAGCUAAUGCUACUAUUGAGAAUGAGAGAUCCAGUGACGCUUUAAGCUUGUUUAAAAGAGGCUCAAACAUUCGCUGCGUCGUUCUGGAUUUAAUAGAGUUCCUCCCGGAGUCUACCAAGCAUCUUCUAGACCUCUGUAUGACAGAAUCAGAGCAUGACCCGAACAACAUCAACUACAACAUCACUUACAAUUUCAAGUGGCUUCAGGCUCCAGUACAGCUAAAGAAGUUUGCAAAGAGGGACAAAACAAUGCGUUUUCAGCCUCUAGCAGCACUGAAUGCGAUGGUGCAGUACAACCGGCUUGAGCUCCUCACCCAUCCGGUGUGUCAGAAAUACUUAGAGAUGAAAUGGACAGCAUAUGGCAGUAAAGUUCAUUUACUCAAUCUGGCUGUUUACCUGCUUGGCCUUCUGCCCCUGACGUACCUCAUCAUCAGCCUCAAACCCACUCAGAGCAGCUCCGCUAACAGCACAUUCGUCACCAUGGAGCCCGUAUCCUUCAGAACGCAAAACUACAUGGUCUCAGUCUGCAUGGUCAUGGUCCUUGUCAUGAACGUGUAUGCCAUUUGUAAAGAGGUGGUGCAGAUGGCUCAGCAGCGUUUUAGUUACUUCCUGGACUCCUCUAACCCAUCAGACUGGGCGACAGCAGUCUCCUCUCUGGUCUUUGUCGUCCCCAUGUUCUGCAGCGCUGAGAGUAAAUGGCAUUGGGAGGCUGGAGCUUUGGCCAUUCUGUUUGCCUGGAUCAACUUUCUACUGUAUUUCCAGAGGUUUGAACGUUUCGGUAUUUACGUGGUGAUGUUUGGAGAAAUUAUAAAAACACUGAUCAGCAUCAUCGUCCUCUUCGUCUUCCUCCUGCUGGCAUUCAGUUUGUCCUUCCAUGCUCUGAUGCUUCAUCGAGUGGAGUUUAAUUCUAUCAGCCUGUCUCUGGCUCAGACGUUUGUGAUGACGGUGGGAGAACUGAACUAUCAGAAUUCUCUGCUGGAGGCGUAUGAGCAGGACCUGCUGGCCUUUCCUGAAAUCACCUAUGUCGUCUUUGUGCUCUUCGUUCUUCUCAUGCCCAUUCUCCUCAUGAACUUGAUGAUUGGUUUGGCUGUUGGAGAUAUUGCAGAAGUUCAGAGGAACGCCACGCUGAAGAGGAUCGCCAUGCAGAUUAAUCUUCAUACUAACCUGGAAGAGAAACUGCCAUAUUGGUUCAUGAAGAGAGUGGACAAACCCAGCGUUACCGUCUACCCCAACAGGAAGUGCGCCAAGAUUUAUGGGAUGAUUCAGCAGUUCUGGAAUUUCGGAGGAGAACCUGAAGUCCGAGUUCGUCUGAACACAAACUCUCGCCGGACCUGCCCGCUGGAGAGAGAGAUAAUGAAGCAGAAAAACAAGUUGAAGGAGAUUCACUCUGUGCUGGAGAAACAGCAUAGCCUGCUGAAGCUCAUCAUCCAGAAGAUGGAGAUAACCUCAGAGGCUGAUGACCACGACGGCCCUCAGGACUUUAGAGCCAUCACCUCCGCUAUCCCAUCAUGCACUGCCAGAAGGUCAAGAUGGGUCCCACUGAUCCGUGCACUAGGGGUCAAGAAGUGAAACCAGAAACAAAGCAUUGCUGUCUGUAGUAGGCAUAUGAAAUUGUCUUAAAGCCAUAGAUCAGUGAAAAAUCAAAUGUACAUUUGUAGCCCUCUACUCCAAAUCAGCCAAGACAGGGUGCCUGAAAUUAGCUUAUUUCAUUCUCCAUAAUGCUCAUUAGCACACCUAUGGGAUUUCUAAUAGUCCUGUGCACAUGAACAUUUUUGUCCAUCCUAGAUUAAACACAGAAGACUACCUGACUACCCAGAAUUUGACAUUUGAACAAUAUAAACAAAUUCAUUCAAAGUGGUUUGGUGUGAAAUGUUCCAUUUUAGAGGAACAUACCGAGACAGAAUUGAUCACAGUGGUGGUGAUAGGAACCAGACGUCCACCUCUAAAACUCCUUCACAGAAAGUGAAGUUGUAAAUAUGCUACCUGAGGCCUGAGACAUUGUUUUAUGAAAGUUCUGAGAUAAGACAUGAAUAAAAUGUCAAAAAUUACUAAUGGCAGAGGAACAUCCAACAGGUUGUAUGUAUCUGUUUUACAGUGACUUAAUGAAGCAUCUAGAACUUCCAGAAGGCCUAGAUUGAUGUUCUUCGGUUCCACCCAUUGUAAAGCAAAGUGCGGUUGAUUUCUUUGUCACUUACUAAUUAUGUCAGUAGUAACUCUAACAGGAAAUGCCUUCAGUCUAAGUCCUGAAGUCCUUGUUUGUCUGUAUUCACUUAGAUACUAUGGGGAAAACAAUCCUGAUCGGAUAAUUUUCAGUUGCACAAUUUUAACUAAUUUGUUUCCAACCAAAAUGUAACAAUGAAAUAAGAGUAUUUCUACAGCACUUAAAACAGGGUUCAUAUACAGUAAACAUGAUUCUAUUAAAGGAUAAUGAAAUAAAAGUUAGAAUUUUUUGCUGAAUUACUGCUUCAAAUAUGACAAGACCCACAAACAUUCAGUGCGGUAGAAGAUUUUUGUUAAAUGGCUGUAAGAUGAAUAUACAAUCUGUGUAACUGGUUCCAGAGUUCUUGUUGAUAUUUAAAGUCUUUUAGUUCUUGUUGAUAUUUAAAGAGUCAGUCUUAUCAUCUGCUGUUUUUUUCUAUACUAAUGAUAUAUGUAAACAUUGCUUGAGGAUUUUUAAAUAUGUCUAUGACCCUCCAUGAUAAACUCAGUUAGUCCAUCUCAUUUAUUGUUUGCAGCUAGUUUAUUUUUCAAAACCUCCAUUUGAAGGUUAAAGUAAAAAAACAUAGUCUGAGACUUGCUUCUUUAAUGCUCUUUAUUAAUCACUGUGUACUGCAGUGUUUCCCAGUGUUGGUCCUCGAGCCACCAGAAUCGGGUGUUUUGGGAGCAGAAAAAACCCUGAAAUGUGAAUGACAGUGUGUCUCCAGGACCAAUGUUGGGAAAUAUUGUAUUAUUAUUAUUGAUCAUUCCAUGUAGGCAUUUGCAAUGUACCUCAAUAUGCCAACUAUAAAGUGAUUUAUUCACUA